UUGAAGAAAACGAAUAUAAGGCGACAUUAAUUUGUUUCUAUUACACUUCAAUUCAAGUUGUGACAACUGUUGUGGCAAGUUACAAAAUGAAGAUUCUUCUGUGUAUCACAAUUUUUUCGCUAAUUGCGUUGUCUAUCGCUGCACCACCAGGAUCCCAUCCUAGCAGUGGUAACGAAGAGUCGAAAACAAAAGAAGCAGAAGGAAUUCAUGUGGAACCGUUAGAAGCAAAUGCGUUAAACGAAGCAAAUGAUAAUGAUGAGAAACCAGCAGAAGCUAAUGACCUAGAAACCCUUGCUAAACGGGGGAGGAGGAGGCACAGGCAUCGGGGACGCGGAGCAAAUGAGGCAAACGAAGCAAAUGAGGCAAACGAAGCAAAUGAGGCAAACGAAGCAAAUGAGGCGAACGAAGCAAAUGAGGCAAACGAAGCAAAUGCGGCAAACGAAGCAAAUGAGGCAAACGAAGCAAAUGCAGCAAACGAAGCAAAUGCCGCAAACGAAGCAAAUGACCUAGAAACCCUUGCUAAACGGGGGAGGAGGAGGCACAGGCAUCGGGGACGCGGAGCAAAUGAGGCAAACGAAGCAAAUGAGGCAAACGAAGCAAAUGAGGCGAACGAAGCAAAUGAGGCAAACGAAGCAAAUGCAGCAAACGAAGCAAAUGCCGCUAACGAAGCAAAUGCGGUAAACGAAGCAAAUGCCGCCAACGAAGCUAAUGAGGCAAACGCAGCAAAUGCGGCAAACGAAGCAAAUGACUUAGAAACCCUUGCUAGAGGGAGGAGAAGGCGCAAGCAACAACGGACAAACGAAGCAAAUGAGGCAAACGAAGCAAAUGCAGCAAACGAAGCAAAUGCCGCAAACGAAGCAAAUGACCUAGAAACCCUUGCUAAACGGGGGAGGAGGAGGCACAGGCAUCGGGGACGCGGAGCAAAUGAGGCAAACGAAGCAAAUGAGGCAAACGAAGCAAAUGAGGCAAACGAAGCAAAUGAGGCGAACGAAGCAAAUGAGGCAAACGAAGCAAAUGCAGCAAACGAAGCAAAUGCCGCCAACGAAGCAAAUGCGGUAAACGAAGCAAAUGCCGCCAACGAAGCUAAUGAGGCAAACGCAGCAAAUGCGGCAAACGAAGCAAAUGACUUAGAAACCCUUGCUAGAGGGAGGAGGAGGCGCAAGCAACAACGGACAAACGAAGCAAAUGAGGCAAACGAAGCAAAUGCAGCAAACGAAGCAAAUGCCGCAAACGAAGCAAAUGACCUAGAAACCCUUGCUAAACGGGGGAGGAGGAGGCACAGGCAUCGGGGACGCGGAGCAAAUGAGGCAAACGAAGCAAAUGAGGCAAACGAAGUGAAUGCGUCAAGCGAAGCAAAUGCAGCAAAUGCAGCCAACGAAGCAAAUGCAGCAAAUGCGGCCAACGAAGCAAAUGCGGCUAACAAAGCAAAUGCGGCUGAUCCGGAACCAUCAAGGAAAAAAAGGAAGGGGAGGCAUGGAAAAUGAAACACCAAUUCGAAGAAGAGGCAGGGCAGGAAGAAGAACAGGCAUAAUCACUAAUUAUUUGAUUUAAUCACUAAAGAUAAAUUAAUCUAAAUGUCUAAUUGUAAUGUUUAUGAAUAAAUUAAUAGCACAGAU